GCUCAAAUGUCCUUGUAGCUAUGGAAACUCAUCAGCGGCAGCAUCUAGCAGAUUGUCCACCCCAUCGUUUGGACAGCUAAGCAAAAAUUGCAUGUAAAUCAUACGCGCAAAAUGGCGAACGGGCGUCAAUCUCUUCCCCUGGUGCUCUUUUUCCUGCUGUGCCACAGAACCACAUUUGCUGUAAUACUCAGAACAACUAACAAAUCUGUGUGGACAAAUGAAUUUGACUCGAUUGAGUUGACCUGCUUGAUAGAGUCCAUAUCUACGAACAAUCCCAGAAUUGAAUGGAAGAAAAUUAAAAACGGCGUGCCCAGCUAUGUGUAUUUCCAAAAUAAAGUUUCAGGUGAUUUGGAACACAGGGCGAUACUGAGAGAGCCGGCAAAUCUUCUGAUUCUGAAUGCUAGCAGAUCGGAUUCAGCACAGUAUCGUUGUGAGGUCGCUGCCAUCGAUGACCAGAAGCCCUUUGAUGAAAUACUGAUCAGUCUCGCUGUAAGAGUGAAGCCAGUGGUGCCCAGGUGCAGUGUGCCAAAUGCGGUUACAGUGGGUUACACCACAGAACUGCACUGCACUGAGAAAGAGGGCUUUCCUCAGUCGCAGUACCAGUGGUACCGUAACAAUGAGGAGCUGCCAGAGGACCCAAAAACCAGCGUCAAGUUUUACAAUUCUACAUAUGUCAUGAACACUCAAACUGGGUCCCUGAAAUUCCGGUCAGUGAAGAAAGAAGAUGCAGGUGAAUAUCAUUGCCAGGCCAAGAAUGAGGCAGGAACAUCCAAGUGCAGUCCACAGCCCAUGGAAGUCUAUGAUCCGGAUAUUGUUGGGAUAUGUCUGAAGGUGUUAGGCGGAGUGGCAGCAUUUAUUUUUGUCAUUGUGGGACUUUGUCAAAUUCACAAAAAUGGCUGCUGUACCUGUAAGGACCACAGGGAAAACAAUUACAAAGUACCCGAACAUGAAAAUAGGAUGGACUACACCAGUCCAGAUGAGGGACAUUUCCGACACAAGUCUUCCUUUGUCAUAUAAAAUCACAGAUGAGAAGAAGGGUGCAUCGGCUGUGUAAGAAGCUCUUGUGAGACUUGUGAGCUGUCCAAUUGUGCAUUGUUGUACGAAGGUGCAUAAACUUGAGCUUCUUAGCUUGCCAAAGUUAUUACAAAAACGGAAAACUACUGUGGUACACAGGGGCUUUUACUUCCCUUAUUUUGAUCUAAAACAGACAGGACUCAAACACAAACUUACUCAAAACAGUUUAUAUCUGAUAACUGAAUGCUCACGAGAUGAACAAAACUCAGAUUUGUAGAUAUUACGUACAUGCAUCUUGUUGAGUGGAAUAAAAUCUCACAGCUGUUACAGGAUAAUGUUUCAACAGUCGUGACUAUAUGAAAACUAACAAAACAUUCGGAGUCUGUCCAAAUUCCUGAAUGUCAGACUGUCGGUUAAUACCUUUUCAAAAGUUUUUGUUAUAUUGUUUCAGACCUAAUUCACAUCCAGGUGCUGCUGUAUUUUUGGCCCAAAAGUAUUUAACAUAUAUCAAGUGCAGGUAAUUAUUCAGUGUAGUGUCAAGUUAAAUAUGAAUAUAUAUAUUUUUCACUGGAUUGACCUUGACUAUGAUAAUCCGUUCCAAGGCAGUGUAAAUGUGUAUAAUGCCAUGCCAAGACUGUUUUAACAGUUUUAACACUGUUGACAAGAGGAUUUUAUGUGUAGUAGUUUCUUGGGGCAACAUUUUAUUAUUGGGGGCACAAUUGUACUAGUGCCUAAACUAAUACAUGCUUCGAAAUACUGGUUAAUGGGCAUCUGAGAACUGCUGUAAGUGUAAUUUUUUGAACUAGAAGACAUCAGUGUAAAAAGUUUUAUCAAUGCUGAUGUCAAGACAGCUUUGAUGUCUUGGCAAGAUCUUGUUUAAAAGUUUGCUAAAAUGUUUGAACGUCUUAUAGGCCUUAAAGACAAACAGAUUCCAGUUCAACUUCCUGUGGAGUGUGGACAAAUAGGAGUCAGUUCCACCCAACCCUGAUGUAUUAUUUCAGGCACUAGUACAUUAUUUAUUUCCUAUAGUAAUUUUUUUAAUUUCUUUAACUUCCAUUUCAUUAACUAUCAUUCCGUAGCAUUUUAGUUUGAGAUUUAAUCAAACAUCUCUGUACUGUAGUCAAAGUCAGUAGACUUUGUUGUGCAAGAUGAUUAAUUUAGUUUCAUUUUUGAAAUAAUCCUCUGGAUACAGAUUAUGCACUUGUGUUUUUUUUAGAGUGUCAUUUCUGUGUUUAAGUGACCUUUAAUGCUUUAUAAUUGUUUUAUACGUUUUGGACAUAUUGUCCAGGUAUUUUGACUAAGUGUCAUUGUUUUAAUCUGUUUAUAAAAUGGUAUAUGCGUAUAUAGAAGUUCACUCAAGAGUAGUGGCUGAAUAGACUGUGGGUGGUGUCAAAAUAAUAAAAAUGAUAAUGUGGACUGAUUAACAUUGUCUUUCAUUUUGUUUUUCCUUUUUUUUAAACUUGUGCGUAACAGGAAUACUGUAUGUGUCUGUCUGGGUCACAAGCUUAAAGUUUGGUAAUAAGAUCAAAACCAAAUUCUAUACUUUGUUGACAUUUUGACACUAUAAAUGAAUCUUCCUAUUGGCAUGUCCCGCUGUCUAAUAUAAAAACUUUGACAGACUGUUUAUGGUAACAAUAUAUCAUAAAGAGAGCCUGUGUUCUGUCAUUUUAUUGCUGAAUUGUAUUUUACUUCAUGUGAUAUCAAAUUUUCAUUGAAUUAUUGCCAUAUCUAAUGUAUGCCUGGGGAAAUUUAGAAUGUAUUGGGACCACAUAUAUUAUAUUGAUAUGUAAACAUCUUACUGUAUUAUUCUUGUUUAAUGGUAGAUUUCUAUUUAAAGCACAGUAUUACUUUUAACCCUUUGUAUUAUCAUGUGUCAAUGGGCAGACAGAAUAGAUGUGUUUCACCUACUCAGUAUUUACAUUAAAGAUCGGCCAUGUUUAACCACACUGUUUCCAAACUGUUUUGCAUACUAUAUGAUGGCGUAACUGAGCUCUGUUUAAAUGUGGAAUGUAUAGGCUAUGCUAAAUGUUUAAAAUUAAGUUAUUAUUAUUCCAAAGUUUGUCACAUCAUGCUAAACUAUUGUCCGGUUAUUUUUGUAUGUAAUGUAAUGUGUGACGUGAAAUGAAAAAAAUAUUAUGGAUAAAAUGCCAUCUGAAUAUAAUCACAACAUAUAUGUACUAUUGUACUAUAUAACCCGCUAUAUAAUGUUUAGAUUAUAAAAUUUCUCAGGUACAGUUAAAAGGAUGUAAACGGUUGUGGUCAUGUAAUCAGUAUAAUUUUAUUAUUUUUUCUUAAACAAUAAAGACGU